CAUCGCAGGCCCUCAAUUGUAUUCCCUGUGAAAAGCUUCUUGUUCAAUAUUCUCUGCUUCUCCAAGACCAAGGCCGAAAGCCCCCGACCAACCGAAUCGAAAUGAACACCACGCAGCUGGCAAAGAAAGCUUUUCAUAGGGCCCGUCCCGUAUGUUUUCAUCCACACGUGAGCGUCCGCGAAACUCGAAAAGAGAAAGAGCACGAUCGGGAGCCCCGCCGAAGGUUUACCGCGUCUACCGUUCUGUCCGGCUCGGCUGCAUUGGGCAGGCAGGUUGAAUCAACCAGCCCAACCUAGGCUUUGUUUACAACUGCACAGCCACGCGCGUUUAUUGUGCUCCGUCUCGCGCGAUCGUCAACAUCGUGCAGCACCGCCGCGCGAUCGUGUCGUCUUACCGAUGUUCUUUUCGCGUCUUGUAGGUAUUGUUUCCGAUCCCGACAUUUGGACAGUAUUUUCGGUUUCUAUUCAUCCGUCGCGUUCUUCCGUUGUUCCCCGUCCGUCCGUGCGGCGUCAAAAUACCUAAUCGUUUUGGAAGUGUGUUUUGUAUUUCUUUCACCUUUCGCGAUCACACGCGAUUACGAUCGUGAUCUGGGCUCUCCGGUUGGUUGGUAGGUAAAGGUACUUUUCCCGCUCGACACCAAUUGUUUAAUUAUGCUCGCGCGACGGAUGUGAACUUUCGGAUGCCGGGCCUGGCUGGCUGGCAGGCAGUUAUUGCCAUCAUUAGAGCAUCUCGCGAAUCGUGUGAUAGUGGAGUUGCGUGACGGUGUUGUGAUACAGAGUGAGCCAACGCGGCUAAUAUCUUCCAGGCUAUGCGUACCACUGCAGGCUAAUGAAUGAAAAGCUUAUUAUAGCAUAAGUGACGUGAUUUUCUGAAUUGAAAGGAGUUACACCUGCGAAAGUCAGUGUCUCAACCAGGUGAUGCAAAUGUGAACGAGAAAAAAGAUCGAAGAAUUAUCUCAUAGUUUGUGCGAUAGUGCCGUGCCUCAAAACAAGAAGAAUCGUUGCAAAUUAGCCAAAAUCAAGAGUGACGAAUGCUAAUUCUGUGUUUGUUCGUGCUGAGACGGGGGAACCGAAAUUCGGUGUGAAAUCACUACGAAGACGAAGACCAUUCCAUUGUGAGCAGCUGGAUGCGGAGAAAAUCGAUCACGGCGUCGCUUGAAUGGAUUUAGUUUUUAGAUGCAGCAAACUGGAUCCAGUCAAUGGGAAAGCAGCGUUAGGCAGAUUCUGAUGUGCAAUAAAAUCAGCGAAUCUGAGAACGUGCUGCGGUCAUUGAAAAUGAAAACAAAUUAGGUGCGAUAAAAAGGUGAAAGAACUUCAAGCCGCAUCGCCAUGCCCGGACCCAGUGCGCAACAAGUGGAAUAACGCCCUUACAGCGAGCAACAAUAAUAGCUACAACAACAGCACCAACAAUCGCGAUGUCAGCUGUUGGGCGUGAGAGAGCGAAUCUCAGCGGAAUUGGAAACAUCAGCAGCAGCAGCAUCAUCAUCACCAGCCACAUCCAGAUCAACGGCCGGCACCGGCAACCUCAAUGCAAACUGUGAAAUGUGACAAAUUGCGAUUCAGCUGGAGGUUCUUCGGAAACAAGUUCACGUUUUGUUUCGUCUGCUGCAGUGCAUUUCUUCGGCUGUCUGUAGCUGUUUUUUUGUGUGUGUUAUGAGUCGUCAUCGAGACCAAAGAAACUGUAGCAAUAAUGUUCGACGAUAUUAAAAUGUGCCUGUUGGAUCUGAUCAAGGUCAGCCCCAAGUCGAAAAAGUCCCUCAAAGACAUGUCGGCGGGCUACUCGGCAGACUUUAUGAAAAAGUACAACGACAUCAACAUCAUUCACUUCAACGAGAACAUGUCGAUGGUCAACAAGCUGGACAAUAUUCGAUUCUCACCGUCGAACUACACCAACCUGUUCAAGACGAACCCGCUGCUCGAGGGCAAACGGAAUAAAUCGUUCCGCGAGUGGGGCGUGGAAAGUGCCAGUUUUGAAUUUUCCUCGGAUGAUCGUGACACGCUAACGAUGACGAGCUGCUCGCACUACUCGACCGAGGCCACCGAGCAUUACAAUUUGCUGAGGUCGGUGUCGCAGCACAGCCGCGAUGAACGCUCCCGGGGGGAGCUUUCGGACUGUGACGGAGGUGCUGGUGCGGAUCUCGACGACGACGACGACGACGAUGAUGAAGACGAUGAUGAUGGAAUCAUCAUUAACCAUAUGAGCUUGGAGGAUUGCUUUGCCGGUGGGCUGGUAUCGCAGUUGGAUUCAUUCUGCACGCUUUGCACCUCAUCGUUUAGCUUUAGCAACUGCAAUAACUGCGAGAAAUCUGGCUGCGGAUCGAAGUGUAGCGGAGACGAAAGCACAAUUGGUGAAGCAGAAGCUGGCUGCGUUUGCCUCGCGAAGCACGGGGUGACAGUGGGGUGCUCCGGGUAUAACGAGUCCAGAUACCUGUCACAUCUGGACUCGUCCCAUGCACAGAUGAUGCCGCCGAUGGAACGGCCGGCGGGUGGAGCCCUGGCGCUCCACUACGCGGCCGCCCGCGGUUGCCUCGACUGUGUACGACUUCUGGUGGAAGCGGCGCCCGACAUCAGCGCCAACACCCAGAUGGACAACGACGUAACCCCGGUCUACUUGGCGGCUCAGGAGGGACAUCUUGAGGUGCUUAAAUUUCUAGUCCUGGAAGCCGGCGGGUCGCUGUAUGUGCGCGCCCGCGAUGGCAUGGCUCCGAUCCAUGCGGCCUCCCAGAUGGGAUGCCUGGACUGUUUGAAAUGGAUGGUCGAAGAUCAAGGUGUCGAUCCUAAUCUCCGUGACGGCGAUGGUGCCACUCCGCUUCACUUUGCCGCUUCCCGUGGACACCUAACCGCAGUGCGAUGGCUGCUGAGCCACGGUGCCAAACUGUCCCUGGAUAAGUACGGUAAAAGCCCCAUCAACGAUGCUGCCGAAAAUCAACAGGUCGAGUGCCUGAAUGCACUGGUCCAGCACGGUAACCGAGAACCCGAUUACGUCGAAUCGAAACAAAUCAAACAAUCACAGCAGACCCGACACGCGGAAAUUUAUGGCUCGCAACAACAGUUAGCGGUUGCAACCCCACCACAGCAGCAGAAACGGAUAUCGAAGAAGCACUCGAGCAGCCAUCACUACUACAACAAGAACAAAUCAUCGUCGCACCACAAUACGAUGAUGUCCAAGUCGUCCUCUGGCAGUUCAGACUCGGAACCCUUCUAUCUUCACCCACCGACGAUUAGGCAAACCAAGGACGGUUUAUACACACGCCAGUCGCCAGAUAGCUAUUACGGAACAGUGCCACCGAACGACGGAGUCUACAUUAAUCCGAUGCGGAACGGUUCGACGACACCUCCCAGCCCGAGCGGCAGUGUUUCGGGGGAAUCUUUCUUCCUGCACGAUCCCCAGGAGGUCAUCUACAACCGGGUGAAGGAUCUGUUCGAUUCCGAUCUGAGCAGCACCAAGGACGAACGCACCACCAGCAACUCCAGAGCAAUGACAGUUCAAGUUGAAGUCCACUCCAGCAGUAGUGGGGCCGCCAGUGGUUCCGACGAGGAUCUAUCCGUGUCCUCGUCCAAUUCCGGUGUCGAACGAAAACCUCCCGAACUAAAACGAACAAACUCCAAAUCUACGCAUGACCACGACUACGAAGACAUCUACUUGGUCCGCGAGGAAGCUCGCUAUGGCACGAAGACGCGAACGGGAGCCGGCCGAAGUAGGUCCCGGGACAGUGGUUCCCACAGUCGAUCGGCCAGCGCGAGCUCAAACCGAAGCAACGACAUCAUCAUGCAGCUUACCAAUCAGACCGUAAGCAAUAAGGAACAAAUGCUGAUCAACAAACGAAACAACCUUUACGAACAACAGAACAAACAUCGAUACGAUGUACCGAAGAACUACAAAACGACGAACCUUAGCAAAGCUAACAAAACUGCCAGCCAUCAUCAGUCGAACCGAGAACUGAACCUAGCCGCGUCACGCAAUGAUAACGCCUACGAAAGUGUUUGCUCGCCGGAAGAUACGCACGAGCGAACGAAGCUUGCCCAGCGCCACUCCCUGCCGCACGGCAGCGCUGUGGUGAGCGGUAACAGCAACGCCAACAACGCCAGCGGUGGAAAGCAGGUGAAACGCAGUGGGUCGAUGAAAGGAAACGAAAAUAAAGCAGUGGGACCCCCACCGCCACCGUUGCCACCACCGUUGAAGGCCCCGUCGUCGUCGUCGUCAUCAUCGUCACAGCCGACUCACUACGGGCCCGGCAGUCAGACCAAGUCCGGCUCGAUGACGAACGGUAAUAAUUUCUAUCUGCACAAGCACAUCAACAGUAACGGCGGCGGCGUCGGUUCGCAACAAAACGCGAUGAUAUUCAACACCACGGGAGCCACCUCGAGCUCAUCGUCGGGUCAACAGCAGAACGCUCAGCAUGACUACUACAACCAGCUUCCGCAGCAACAGCAGCUGGUGCAGCACCAGAACGGCGAAGGUCCCGAUUCUGACUCCGGCCUUGAGGUGGUCGAGGAGUCCACCCUGAAGCCGUCGGAUCUAAUUCGUGGAAACCACAAUCGAAGCAUGUCCAUCAUUUCAGCGAACAAGAAAGCCAAACUCAUCACCGGCGGCAGCAACGGAAACGGCAUCGUCAGCCCCACGGCCAGCAAUGGUAGCUCUGCCAAGGCGGGAGCGGUAGUCGACGAUCAGUACUACGGCCAGCAACAGCUCUAUCAGUCGCGCUCGAACUCCGCUCUGUCGUCGUCCAGUCACGGUCCGAAUCUGGUUAACAAACAGCUCGUACUGCCAUUCGUCCCGCCGGCCUUCCCGAACGGAUCAGCCGACGGUUCCAACCAUCUCAUUAAACCGUCCGAGUAUCUCAAGAGCAUCAGUGACAAACGGUCCAACGCUGGCUCGCAGAGAUCUUCCGACACCGAAGACUAUAUGCCAUUGAACGCAUCCAUCACGGUACAGACGGGACCGGAACCGCCAAAGCCACCUCCGCCCCCACCCGCUCCACCGAUGUUGUUCCCACUCAACGGCGGCACCAUCAACAGUAGCAAAACGAACACCAUCGCCAAUAAAGACGGCAGUCAGACCGGAACGAACAAAAGCACCAACGGCAACAUUCCUCCACCACCCCCACCGCAGGAUUCAACGAUACGAAAGCAGCAGCAACCGCUGUCGGCCAUCUCGAUUCAAGACUUGAACAGUGUGCAGCUCCGACGUACCGAUAAAAUGCUCUCGAAGACAUUCUCAGCCCCCACGCGCAGCAUGAGUAUGCAGUGCCUGUCUUCAACCAACGAACAGUUCCUCUCGCAAAAGACAGACCUGAUUGCCGAACUAAAGAUGUCGAAGGAUAUCGCUGGAGUGAAGAAGAUGAAAGUCGAACGGGCCAAACUGGAGGAUAAACAAGCUACCGAGGUAUAUUCUGAAGUUACUCGACAAUUUACAGCCGCAAACUAUGUGGAUCAGUUAUUACAGGUACCGGAUCGUGAUCACCAGGGAAAUCUGAUUCCCGACUGGAAGCGCCAGAUGCUGGCCAAGAAGGCAGCCGAAAAGGCGAAGAAAGAAUUCGAAGAUCGACUGGCACGGGAGGCGGAGGAUCGCCGGCUGUCGGCGAUACCCAAGUGGAAGCGUGACCUGAUGGCCCGGAAGGAGGAGGCCGAAAACAAGCUCAAAUCCUCAAUCUACACCCCUCGCGUGGAAGAAACUCACCGACGCACGACGGACACAUGGCGCUCGCGAAUGUCCCAACGGGCCAUGUCGAUCGAUAACAUCAGUUUCACAUCCCAGCACGAAGAUUCGGUUGCAUCACGGUUCAACAAGGAGAACACCCUCAACCAUCAACACAAUGGCAGUGGUAACCAUCAUAAUGGCAACAGCAACGGCCACCAUGCCAAUGGAAAUAGUAACAACAGCCACAACAGCAGCAACACCAACAUCAACGGGAAUGGAAGCAACCAUCACAGCACCCGUAGCUCAAUGGAGAACAUCAACAAUAAGAACGAUUACCAUCACCCCAGCUCGAACCAAAAUGGUAACGAUGAUGAUGACGAUAGCGAACAGAUCAUUCCUUGGCGAGCACAUUUGCGGAAAACUAACAGUCGCCUUAGCUUGAUUGGCUAGAGCUAGCUUCUAAGACCCUUCGGUGGUAACUAGAAAUAGCUUAUUGUAUAAAGGUUUAUCAAGAAUACUGUCAAUGCAUAUUAUAUUUUAGCUUAGUUCAGUAUAGCAGAAAGCUGCAAAAAUCACCUAAUUUUAUCUUUCGAUUACAUUAUUUAAUUACGAAAAUACUGCUUAUAAACAAAAGAAAAGACCAACCUGAAGAGACGGGCUUAAUUGUAAACAUAAAUCAAAGAUUUCGUUGCAAUAUUAUUCUAAGGUUACUGUUAAUGCAAGUAGCGACGAAUGAAAUGGGCAAGGAGAUAUGAAUUCAUAGAAAGAUGAGGAUAGGAACGAUGUUAAAUAUAUGUAACUCGAAGAAGACAAGAAACUGCAUUGUGAUUAUUGUUAUCAAUCUCUAAAACAAAUAAAUUUAGAUCUAUCUACUAAUAAAUCGAACAAAAAAAAAACUACUGCCAAUGCAUAACUGUCCCGUUAUGAGGUUUCCUAAGUUUCAAUAUUGCUUGUGUGAGAUACCUUCAAGCAUCCAAUAUCCAAAACAAACGGCAUAAUCUACCAGCAAUCUGAGCGAGCAGUCCACAUAUCCCUUCCGCAAAUAUUACGAAGCAAGCAUGAAUGUACUGUACACCAUUAUCCAUCGAAUCGAAUUAUCAGUUAGCAGAACAAAAUAAAUACAAUUGUAUAACACUUACAUUACAUAACGCAACCUACGCAAUAUUCAACGUAAUAACAUUGUAACGGGAUUUGAAACGACAUUCCAUUUUAGAGCUGCAUUAGGUAUAAAUUUCAUUUUCGUUGAAUAGUUAUAAAUAAACGUUUAUCAAACAGUGCUGGCUCCGCUGUCCUGGUCCGAACACUCCAUUGCAUUGUUCGUAUUGCAUUUUGCAUAAAAUUUGUUGAUUAUUCUCCUA